AUGGCGGCCAUGACCGAUCUCACGGUCUAUAACAUGCCAACCUCCCCUCCCAAUUGGGACAGGGUAGGCGUCUUCUACAUGUCAUUUUGUGUAACUUGGACCACUAUCCUACUCACCGGCAUGGUAUUUUGUUUCUUCAAUCGUCACAUCCCCAUCCUCAGAGUCCGCGGUCUACCGUUAUCAUUCUCCGCCAUCGCCCUUCUUCAUGUCUACUGGAUCAUGGGCCAGAUCACACAUCCAAUUGGCGCAGCCAUGCCCACAGUUCUUGCCUAUGACAUCCAGUACUUUACCAUGGGCAUCUAUCUCCCACUGGGUAUCGCUUUAUUUCAAGCCUCAAACCUUCGUUUCCUUCAUGUCGCCAACUUGCAGAAACAAUUUGUUCAUCCCGAGCGACAAAUAGAGAAAGAAGCCAACGGCCCCCGCUCAUUUUCAUGGCUAUCCUACUUGAGAGAAAUGGAUUACAUGAAAAGAACCUUGUCUCUCAUCGGUCUUGGCAUGGUACUGCAGUUCAUUGUCACGGUCGCGAUGUGGGUCGCAUGCAAAAAGUAUCAUCCAACCUACGGUAUUCCUGGCACAGAGAUCCACGGCGCGACAGUUGCAGAGCAGAUUGUGUAUCUUGGUCGAGGGUGGGAAUGGUGGCCCUCCUUGCUGUGGCAGGUCAUCUGGACAUGGAUUGCCGCUCCGAUUCUCAUUUGGCAAACUCGGGGAAUCCGUGAUACAAUGGGCUGGCACACUCAAACCCUCGCCUGUUGUCUGUCCGGUCUCCAUGCAACACCUAUGUACUUGAUCGCAACAUACGUGCCUGCCUUUGCUAAGGUGAAUGUUUAUUUUACCCCGAGUAAUUGGAUUCACGUCUCCAUUAUGUUGUGGGAGAUAUUCACCGUAUUUGUGCCCAUUUUCCACGUCAUCAGGCUAUGGGCGAUGAGCAAGAAAGCCACUGCCUCAACAACCCAGUACAAUUCGAUGUCAGAGACCAUGCUAAACAAACCCUCGUCAUCUAUGGAGCUAAGGAGUAUAUCUUCGUCCACACUUGGGGAAAAGAACCAGUCUGCCCAGUCCAUUCACGAAUAUACAGUCGACCGAAUUUACACAAUGGAUGCCCUCGAUCAUGUCCUAAGCAAGAACCCAGAACAGCUACAAGAAUUUGCCGCAUUAAGUGACUUCUCCGGAGAGAACAUUGCAUUCCUAAGCGAGGUUGCACUAUGGAAAUCAUUCUGGCCAAGCCUCGAGGAAACAAAAACCUCCGAUGCAUUCAACCAGGCUCUACGCAUUUAUGUGAAUUUCAUAAGCACGCAAGAUGCCGAGUUCCCCUUAAACAUAUCUUCGCACGCCCUCAAAGGCAUGCAGUCUAUUUUUGAACAACCUGCACGCAGUCUAUUUGGAGAGAAAACCAUCAACACUACGUCGCCAUUUGAAGCUGACCCUUUUGCACCACCGCUUUCACAAGAUUUUGAAGGGGUCCAGGUGGCCUACGAAAAUCGAUAUACAGGGGCGAUUCCUGUUGGAUUUGACAUGGCCAUUUUCAACAAUCUGCAAGACGAAAUUAAAUACCUGGUACUGACAAACACGUGGCCGAAAUUUGUCGAGUCGAUGCGGCGACGGUCGACGGAUACUGAGCGCAGCGAUUAUACUGCACAGUCGAAGACAUCGCUGAAGAGCUGGAUCUCGCGCCAGCGGUUGAAACUCCGAUCAUUUCGUUGA